UCAAUCAAUUCACUCGCUUACAGAUCGUUGAAGAUGAAGUUCGUUGGCUUUCUCCUACUCAGCAGCCUCACCAUCGUGAUGGUGGUGGCAUUUCCUGGUGACCACAGCGCACAUCUUGAUCUGCCAGAUGCUGGCGACCAUGCUAAUGCGAUUUCCCGAUCCGCAGCGCCAGCGACAACAGCGGACCAGGUCGAUUCUCUCGUACGUGAGCCUCGUCAUCUGCUGAAAUAUCUGCUCUCGAAGCCCGUUGUGGUACAGCCGAUUGUCUAUCAGCCUGUUGCGGUGCCGAGGCAUGGCUAUCCCAGUUACGGAUACAGCAAUCCCUACUACGGCAUCAGGUAGUACUAAAUUGUGGUUCAUUUAAUGGCAAAAAUAAAGUUACAUUUAAGUCGAAUAUAAA